CGCCCUGAAAACUGCUUAUCGUAGCAGAGAAUGAACGGUUGUAUAAAUUGGAGCAAUUUCAGAGCGUAGGCGUAGUCAGGAGGGCAGGGGGAGGGGGCAGCUGCCUCCCCUGGAUAAAACAAUAGAAAUACUUAACUAACUGACCAAUCACGUCGGUUCUGCCCCCCCCCAACAAAAAUCCUGGUUCCGCCCAUGUUUCAGAGCAUGCAUCUGGCAAGUGUGGGUCCAAGCAGGCGCGAAUUCACGAUUUGGUGCCUCAGCUGGAACCUCCCCCUCGGGUGCAAACGGGGCCAGCCUCCUCCCCAGCCCAUCAUGGAGUCUGGUUAGUCCGGGUUUUCUGGUUCCCACAGGAGCCGCCUUCUUCUCUGUGCUGCUUAAUCCAGCUCGAAGCGUCUCUUGGGCUCCGUCCGCGCGAGAUCAUGGCUCUGUACACGCGGGGAUCGGCUGCAGUGGCCGUGAUUCGACUGUGUAAUCCUCCACUCAACACGCUCAGCCCUUCAACAUUACUGGCUUUAGAACAAGAUGUGAAGCAUGCAAAUACUGAUCCCACUGUGAAAGCUGUUGUGAUUUGUGGAGCAAAUGGGAAAUUCAGCGCAGGUGCUGAUAUCAAAGGAUUUCCCAGAAUCGGUCAAGAAGACAUGCCCAGCUUGGGAGCAGUAGUUUCUCUGAUAGAGAAGAGUGAAAAGCCAGUGGUGGCUGCUAUUGAAGAGGUGGCUUUUGGAGGAGGCCUGGAAGUAGCACUGGGCUGUCAUUACAGGAUUGCAAAUAAGCAGGCUCGGGUAGGUUUACCUGAGGUCACAAUAGGCUUACUUCCUGGUGCUGGUGGGACUCAACGACUUCCCAGACUGAUUGGAGUACCAGCUGCACUUGAAAUCAUCACCACAGGAAGACAUGUGCCAGCAACUGAAGCGCUGAAACUGGGAAUCCUAGAUGGGGUUGUGGAAGGAAAAACAAUCGAAGCGGCCAUAAACUUAGCAGAAAGAGUAGUAGGACAGCCGUUGGGCCCUCGCAGGCUCUGCCAAAAAGAAACUCCCAAGCUACCCAACAUGGAAGCCGUUCUUGAUGCAGCUUUUGUGAAGGUGAAGAAGCAGGCCAAUGGGUGCCUCUCGCCAGAAAUGUGUUUCCAUGCUGUAAAAGCCUCUGUGUACCUGCCAUUUGCAGAAGGAAUUCGCAGAGAAAGGGAGCUGUUCAUGUUCCUCUUGACUUCAGGGCAGGCUAAGGCAUUGCAAUAUGCCUUCUUUGCACAAAGGUUGGUGGAGAAGUGGGCAUUGCCCAGUGGAGCAUCUUGGAAAACUGCAGUCCCUCAGCCAGUCCGGAGAGCAGCUGUGAUAGGUUUAGGGACAAUGGGACAAGGCAUCGUGGCAUCUCUGGUCAAGGCUAAAAUUCCUGUAGUGGCUCUUGAACAGGAUAAAAAGCAUUUGGAGCUGGCUAGAGGAACCAUCACUGCUCUUUUAGAACGGGAAGCUUUAAGAAUGCAACAGAAUGGCCAAACACUGGCUGCCUCUAUGCCUGGUUUGCCUCAGUUCACACUGGAUUUUGGUGCACUGAACGAUGUAGAUAUGGUUAUUGAGGCCGUAUAUGAGGAUAUGGCUCUGAAGAAGGAAAUCUUCCAGAAGUUAUCAGCAGUCUGCAAACCUGAGGCCUUCCUGUGCACGAACACCUCUUGCCUUGAUAUUGAUGAGAUUGCUUCUGUCACAAACCGCCCUCAGCAAGUUAUUGGUACCCACUUCUUCUCACCAGCUAAUAGAAUGAAGCUACUAGAGAUAAUCCAUGGUCAGCGAACAUCUCCCAAUGCCAUUGCCACAGCCAUGAGAGUUGGCAAAGCUAUGGGCAAAAUUGGGGUUGUGGUAGGGAACUCUUUUGGUUUUGUUGGGAACCGAAUGUUGAAUUCUUACACUGAGCAAACAUACUUCCUCUUGGAAGAGGGCAGUACUCCAGAGGAAGUAGACAAAGCUCUGGGGGAAUUUGGUUUCAAAAUGGGUCCCUUCCGUGUUUCAGACCUUGCUGGGCUUGAUGUGGGCUGGAGAUCUAGGAAAGGGCAAGGUCUUACUGGACCCAGCCUGCCUCUUGGGACACCUCCUCGUCAACGAGAUGGAAGACGAUACAGCCCACUCCCUGAUAUUCUGUGCGAGAAGGGGAGAUAUGGCCAGAAAAUUGGGAAGGGUUGGUACCAAUAUGAUAAACCCGGGGGAAGGGUAGCAAAGUCAGAUCCGUGGCUUCAUAGUUUUCUUGCUGAGUACAGAAAUGCUCAUGGUAUUUCAGUACGCACCAUUAGCCAAGAUGAGAUCCUGGAACGCUGCCUAUAUUCCCUUGCCAAUGAGGGUUUCCGGAUAUUAUCUGAUGGAAUAGCUUCUUGUCCAGAAGCUAUUGAUACCAUCUACAUCAAUGGCUACGGCUGGCCCAGACAUAGGGGUGGUCCCAUGUUUUAUGCUUCUGAGGUAGGGUUACCUACGGUUCUAGCAAAAUUGCAGAAGUAUGCUGAAGCUAAUCCUGACAUACCCAAACUACAGCCUAGUGCCUUUCUGCAGAAGCUUGUAGCCUUGGGCAGCCCUCCUCUGAAAGAGUGGUCAUCACUUGUGGGAACUCAGAACAGCAAGUUGUAAUUGCACUGCAAGCAGUCUGGUUUUCCCAUUCUAAUAUUUUUGACUGUUCCAGUCCAGACUAAAACACAGCGCAUUGUAGAACACUGUCAGUGUCUCUUCUGAUUCUAAUACAAUGUACACAUCUAUGUAUCCUGCCUAUGUGAGUGAAAUAUUGCUGCUUGCAGCGUGCUUUUUAUCAUGCCUUCUUGAAAUUGUGCCUGAGGGUCUCACUUGAAAACAUAAUACUUUCAUGUCUAAUGAAACUACUCAGCCUCUCCAUGAGGAGAGCUUGAAAAAUGCAGUGUAUGUGACUUUCUGCACCCACUGUUUUUUCCUCCAUUUCUUUGUUGACUACAUUUAAAGUCGACCUGCCCAUGAGGCUGGGUGAGGCAGCCACUUCAGGUGCCCACCCCCUCAAGGGGUGUUACCCCCAUUCUGCCGCCCAGCUUUGCUGCUGGUCUCCCUGGACUCUGGGGCAAAGAGGGACUGAUGCCAAAGCUCUGUGGAAGGCCUCUCCCCCUGCCAAGUCGACAAAAGGAGAAGCGUUCCUCCACCCAGCUUUGCCACUGGGCAGAGGUAGAGAUUCCCACACACACACCUGGUGGUGUAGUGGGGCUUUGCGCUGGCUUCUCCUGAAGGGAGGAGCUGAUGCAAAGCCCCACUGCCUGGCAGGAGAUAGUUCCAAAAAAAUUCAGAGGAGGGUAUCUCAAUUCCACCUGCUUCUGAUAGCUAUCAUUCUGACCUCUGCUCUUCCACAGUUAAUGUGUGCUAAGUAAAAAGGACCACUUCAAAGAUGAAAUGCAGUGAAGUGGAUAAACACUGCUGAGGAGAAAUGUGGCUGAGGAACAGAACUCUCAGCCUUGGAAAGCUCAGUUCCACCUUCUUACACAUUGAUGGUGGCCAAUGAAUCUCAGCAACUGAUGCUUCAAAUGCUCUUCAGUCUAGCGUAAACAAGUGCCUUGUUCUUGCUGUCUGCCUUUUCUAAAUCAGUGUCUCCUCUCCUUUUCAAACCCGUGUGAUCUCCAAAUUCCUCAGUCUGUUUCUCUUACAUAAUUUGGAAUUUCUGUAUCAGCAAGUACAGAAUAAGUGCCUUCAGGAACACUGAUUUUAGGGCCUGCUGGAAAUAAUGUAUCUCAGGGAUUCCAUAAGCACCAAUGGUGCCAGCAAAAAGGGCUUCCAAGAGUGCCCUACCAACCUCUGAGUCUGAAUUACAGUGCUGAGGCCAUAAGAUUGUCCAAACUUUUCUUCUCAGACUAAUUAUUUCUGGAAUCCAGGAAAUCAAAAGUAAAAUCACCAAGAUUCAGCAAGGAUUUUUCUCCCUAAAUAAAGCUAUUUUAAUUAAUCACA